CAAAAACAUUUUUAAUAAAAAAAAUAAAUAAAUAAUAAUAGCUCUAGGAACCAAACACAGAGCACAGAGUUAUCAAGCGGGGUGAACUGAUCCCCCUGUGAGAAACUCUGUGUUGAUUAGUUGAGUCUAAGUAAGAGAGGGCGCUGUGCACCAGGCGGAACUAGUCGAUCCCAGAGGCAUUUCCCUUUGUGUUUAUAUUUUUUAAUUCUUUUAGAGGGAAACUGAACCAUACCCAAAGUGCUGGACCAAAGAGAAAUAAUGUAUGCUUUUGUGAGGUUUUUGGAGGACGACACGUGCUGCGCUUUACCCGUUGCGAAUGUGAGAGAUUUGAGACCAGUGCACAAAAGAGAUUUUGAUGAGCAGAAGGUGUAUGUGGUGCUCAGAGGUGAGGAGAAUGGUACAGGCCAGCCGGCCAAGGCGCACAUUCUCGCUCUGGCAGAUAGCGUUGAGGAACUGGACAACAGUAUUAUGCAAAAGAAGAUGAAAGUUCCUAAAAUGUCUACCAGGAAUGCAGGACAUGCCAUAGAGAAUCACUUUGGGGAAGAAAGAAUGCCACUCCGACAUAAAAAGGUACACUGUCAGGAGCAUCAACGGGCCUCUAACUCCUCCAAGAGCCUUGCAGCAGUUGUUGCACGUCUGGAAAGGAAUGCUGUGAGCUCGUGUGCCGAGGGUGAGGAGCUGCGUGAGGAGGAGGAGCCGGAGGAGGAAGAAGCAGUGGUGCCCCGCGUCCUCUAUGAGGAGCUGGUGCACAGCUACAGGCAGCAGGAGGAGGAGGUUCGGCGGCUGCAGCAAGAGCUGGACCGAACACGCAGACAGCUGCUCCAGCAGGCCAAGAAGCUCAAGGAGCACAGCAGCCUGCUAACAGAGGUCAAGGAACUGCGGGACUUCAACCGCCGCCUGCAGGACGUGCUGCUUAUGAGGCUGGGAAGCGAACCAAUGCAUGAUAAUGGCACUCAGACAAUCAAAGCCGAGGUGGUGGAGCCAAUACCUGAACCGCAGGAAAUGUGCAGAGAGGAGGCCAACACAAGCUCCACCCACUCCCCCUCUCCACGGACUGUCUAUACCUUCAGUGAUGGAAAAGUACACCUGGGUGGGGGCAUCUGGGUGGAGGAGGAGAAGUGGCAUCAGCUGCAGCGUACACAGGGUGACUCCAAAUUCACCAAAAACCUGGCUGUUAUGAUCUGGGGCACAGAGACACUGAAAAACCGCAGUGUUACUGGUGUCGCAACAAAGAAGAAGAAAGAUGCUCUGCCUAAACCUCCUCUCUCACCAAGCAAACUCAAAAUCGUACGAGAGUGUCUGUAUGACCGCGUGUCUCAGGAAACAGCCGACAGUGCUGAGAUCACUCAGCGGCUAUCCAAAGUGAACAAAUACAUCUGUGAAAAAAUUAUGGAUAUCAACAAAUCCAUCAAGAACGAGGAGAGGAGAGAGUCCAAGCUCCUCAUCCGGCAGACGGUAAAGAUGGAGAACUUGUAUGACGGCAUGUAGGACCUGCAGUGUUGACGUCAAAGACUGCUGCUGCGGAAAGAGGUUACACGUGAUCACCUGCGCUGCCAUUUUGGAUUUUCACUGAAGCCCACAGCGAGGCCUUUUUUUUUUUUUCUUUUUUUUUUAUACAUUUACCUACCCCAGAACACCUCAGAGGCUAUAAGGCAGCUUUACCCACAAUCCACAGCACUUACCAUGAGUAGAGUUUAUGUGCUGUGAAUAAACAGUGGCUUUGGGUAAGGGGGGGGAUUUUGUGGAAUAUUGAUGGGACGGGUAUGUGGUCGCUGAUCAGUCAUUGUUUUUGACAGGAGAGAUCCUAUAAAUCACAUUUAGAUAACAAUGUGUAAGGCACAUCGGCUGGUGUUCUGUGUCAGAACAUGUCCUAAUGUCUAAGUCAAGAUUGAAGACUUCCCUUGAAAAGAACUGUUCUGUUUUAAGGAGGUUCUUAAACCCCUAAUCGCCCAGUUUGAGUAUGGAAAUUUACACGGAAUAGCUCUCUUCCUGUGUCUGUUGUUGAUGUGUGAGACACAAACAUGCACCUUUUUAACAGAGUUUGCCCCUGCAGUGUCUUAAUAACAAAAUCUGUUGACUAAUUGAUCCUUCAAGACCCAGUUUGUUAGAAGAUUAUAAUCAGUUUAUUCGUAUUCUCAAUAUAUUGAGGAACUGGGAGUUCAGCUGUUUCCUUCAAUAAGAUUUGAUGAUGGUGCUAAUGAUACAACAUGUUCUCAGACAAGCUCCCUUUUUUUUCUCAACAGAGCAGUCACUCUGAGGUUAUUUUAGUGAAUUCGCAUUUACAGAAAUAUGUUUACAUAUCAACAACAUGCUUUAGUCUCUUUUAGUGCCGAUAUUUCGGAUCCUUUUCCCAGAUCUUGUGUAACUGUGAUUUUAAGUUUCACAGUGGCUCAGAGGGUUGUUGUAUUCGACAACCCAGUUGUUUAGAACCAUUUUAUAGUUAGGUUGAGGAACAUGGACAGGGCAGGGAUUUUACUCUAUUGAUAUGGCAAUCACUUGGAACUCUUGUGUUUUUAUAGCAAGCUGUGAUUGUAGUAUGAGCUGAUAUUGCUUAACCUGCACUUUUAUGUGUGAGUGUGGUAAAAAGGCAGAAACAGUGUGUGGAUGUGGGUAAAUCUGUCAGUAGCGCUCGGUGUUACACAUGAUGGUGGGGGUUUUUUUUGUUUGUUUGGGUUUUUUUGGUAAUCAUUUUUCUCCACGACAACCAAACGGCAUCCCCAGAGGAACACUGGGUCCUCUGAAACCCCCUUCAGGGGGAGAAAUUAAAAGGGGGUGAUUUUUAAACUGACAACUUCCAGUGAGCCAUGCCAUCCAUUCUUUUUGCCUCCUUUUUCCCUUUUUCUCCCAUCCGUUCAUAUCUCAUAUCUUUUUGCGUUUCACAGAAUGGUUCAUGUGGCUGUGCAUUAAAAGGCCUGCUUGCUGCAGGUUUGAGUUCUUAACUGUGAUGGCAUACUGCUAACUGUGAAUCAACCUCAAAUCUGCCUCUCAGCCCUUCCUGUCUCAUCACUUUUACUUUCCUAUCUUUGUUGCUUUUUUUCCUCAUCAAAUACAUGUACAUGUGUGUGUUUGUUUUUUGUUUUUUUUUAGUUAAUGAAUUUUCUAGAAGAAAGAUUUUAUUGUAUAUUUGGACGUAUUUGGAUCUUAAUAUUCUAGAUCCAGGCUGCACCUUAUUCUGCUUAGUCUCUUAUUUCCAUUGGAUUCCAUCUUUUCUUUGCACCUGUUCAUGCAUAGUUUUCUUCACUUUUCCUUUCGCUCUUCGCUUUGCUUGUCACAAAUGCAUUAUCUCUUAAUGGAACGCUGUCUAAGAAGCAAACUCUAUUUUAAAUGAUAAUAGCUAAUUUACACUCGUCAAUUAUCACAGUGCUCCUGCUAUCACAUCACUGUGAGCCGUUUGUAAAGGAGUAUCAUUUCACUUUUUGUUCCGUUUUCUGGAAGUGUGCUUAUAAUUGAAACCGAUGUAGUCACCAUAUACGACAGCACUUUAAUCUUAAGAAAGGCCAUGUCAUAAUGAUGGGCAAAUAUGGAUCUUAAUGGUGAUGUUAAGGGUGUUUUUUUUUUCUUUUCUUCCCCCCCCUCCAAAUGGCUAAUCAAAAAACUUAGCACUUUUCUACAACUCCAAAGUUGGAAAAAAAAAACAACAAAAAACAAAUCCCGUUUAUGCUUCAUAGUUAGGUCUGUGUAAGAAACAUUUACUUUAAUUGUAACUUACCUCUAAUAUGUUGGUGUAAUGUUGACAGAAUAGAGCGUUAUUGUAUGGUUUAUGGUUCAAGGUUCUAUUUUUCUGUGGACUUUUCCUCUGUGUGUCGAUGUGUUGUGUGCUGUGUGCUAUAUGUUGCCCCACUUACUGAAUAUGUGCUAUAUAUGAUAAUGGGUACACUGGAAAACACCAGCUUUUAAUUUGGCUGAUGUUGAACGAUAGCCAAAAGAAACUGACAAUCCUCCUGAUCAUCCUUUCAUUUUGAGAUUUGUCAGCUGUAAUGUUGCCUUGAAAAGCAGUCAUUUCUUUCUGAUAGCCACUCGGCUCCGAGUGAACAGCUUUCACAUGCAAUAUGGCUGAUAAACGUAACGUCCCUUCAGUUGUGAAACCCUACCAGGGAAAAUUGUGACUGUGAAAUGUACAAAUAUGCUAUAUAUUGCCAUGAGAAACUGUAUUCAUACGAUGCUUAAAAGCUCCAAAAGCAAACCGGUACACCUCUCUGAGAUAACGGUCCUCUGGUCCGCACUAGUGAACUUCAUCCGUCGUCAUGUUUCUGUCCACGCUUUCCAGUGACAUCACUGCGGUGCUUAAGCUUUGAGCUGCUGAGCUCCAUAAAGAUCCAAAAAAAAAAAAAAAAAAAACAACAAUCCGGAUGCCAAGAAGAGCAGUAUAAAGUGUCUAUGUGGAACCAUCAGGCCAAUACUUUGGGGAUCAUGAAACCAAGAACUGUUUUAUUUUUGAUUGAUCUUUUAGUAGAGUUUCUAUGCUAUACGUGAAUGUGUGUGUGUGUGUAGGUGUCGGGUAAUCUAAAGCUCCUCGGGUGGUGGAAACAAUAUAAGCCAAAGUGGUAUAGUGAUCAUUCAGCUUGAUAUGAACUUGCACAGAAUUGGCCCAUGCCAAGGUCCAGAGUCAUCCAAGCUCAAAAAAAAGAGGCUAAAUUUACUUUUUGUUUUAAAAAAAAAAAAUAUAUAUAUAGAUAUAUAUAUAGAAAUAUAUCUUUCUGAAUAUGAGGUUUUGCUUUACUCAAAAUUUUAUUUAGCUUGUAUUAGUACCUGUUGCGCUGAAAUUCAUAUUAGAAAAGCAUUAAGCUUUCAGUGGUAUAGAUGUGCAUACUGUUCUUUCAGGCAGAUUGUUUUUGUUUUUUGUUUUCUUUCCUUUUAAUUUUUGUUAUUCUCUCUUUUUUGAUUAUGUUUUCAAUGCCAAAAAGGGGAACAGGGAGACUAGUUAGAAAGGAAUGAUCUGUGUGUGUAGAGUAGUAAGGAUUUGGCCUCCUUUUUUAAAAGCCACAUACUGUACACAGAUUAUGAGUCAAAUGCUGAGGACCCAUCAAACCUAUAGACAAAGCUGCCCAGGCCUCCACUCAAGCUCUUCCUGCUAGCACCAUGUCAUUACUUCCUGUUCAGACUCAUCCCAGCAGGUUACAGGUCUCAGCCCAUAUCGCCGUUAUUCAGGGCCAAGCUCAGAGCAGUUUGUUUGCAACUCAGCUUUACUGCGAUUAAAAAAAAAACAACAAAAGAAAGAAAGUAUUUUUGUAAAAUCAGGACCGGUGAUUUGUGGCAGUAAUGAAAUGUGUACUAUCUGAAUCCUACCUCAUGGCUUAUCAUGUCACUUUAGUUAUGUGCUCCAUUCAUAGCACCUCACUCUACACGGGCACAGGUUUGUAAAUAAAUCAGUCUGUAUUGUAGAUUUUUUUUUAAAAAAAAAUCAUAUAGCUGAUUUCUGCUUCUUUUUAUUAACAGUAUAUAUUCAAUAUUAACCUCCUCGGAGUUUGCCUGGUUUGUGUAGGAGAGAGUCUGUCUUUCUAAUUCUGUGGUUCUGUCGAUGUCAUUUGUGCUGUAAAUCUUUGUUGUUGGUUUAUUUUUUCCUUCCCCAUGUUUCUUUCUUUGUAUUUUUCUGGUUGAUGGUGCUACCAGCACACGUGUCAUUUACCUCAGAUGGUGCUACUUUUUUACUGUGGUGGAUGUCAGUCAGUGUCACAUGAUCAAAAACCAGUUCUCUGUUUUUUUUUUAUUUGAUAUUAAACGAAAUCAGGACAGAUGAGUCUCACUAGUCACACCACCCAUGCCAGGACAUUGUGUUGAAUUCCUAUUUGUAGACAGUUAUGUGUGUUGUUUGACAGGCGUCUGUCAUAACAGUAUGCGUAGUUUCAUUAACAGCAGAAUUUAAACUGCUGUAGGGAGCUGCUUAUUAAUCCCCACAGUCGAUCUACCUGAAUGGUACUGGGCAGUGUACCGUGGUCCUCAGCAAUGAACUUCUCCAGUUCCACUGUAGUUACCAUCAAAACAGCAAGAAAUUCUAUAUUUAGAAAAUAUUUUCGAUUUUGCAAUACAGUACAGUGUAUUUUAAAGAGUUUAUAUAACUUGCCAAAGUGUUUUUUUCCCUCCCAAAGACACUUUAUUUGCAAUGUCUCUUAAAAAAAAAAAAUACUGAAUGAUUUGAUGGCAAAAUUAUCAAAUGAUCAAUUCUCUAUUAAUUAAAAUCACUAGAUUUUUGUACAUCAUAAUUUUAUGACCUGCCUCUUUUAUUUCCAUCUCCCACUGUUUUUUGGGGGCUUUUUUUUUGUUUUUGUAAAUGAGAAUUAAUUUUUAUCUUUUAUUGUUGUUGUUAUUAUUAUUAUUAUUAUUAUUUUUUUUUUUUUUUUUUUUUUUUUUUUUUCCCCUCACUGUCUUUAAGUUGUUGGUUUUUGCAUAUUGGUGGUAUGACUGAAAUCCGUCCUGAACAACCUCAGAACUAGACUACACUCAUUAUCUGGAAUCAGCCGUGUUGCAUUUUAAAUCUGUCCUUUCAUUUCAUCUUUCAUGUUCUUUGUUCUUGCUGCUGAACAAAUAUCUAGAAAUCUAUGUAUAUGUACUUACUUAUAUUUUUCAGAAAUCAAUAGAGAAUGUCUUCUAAAUACAACUGUGAAAAAACCCUUUCUUUGAGUGGCAGGUGUUUGUGGGUGUGGUGAUUUUUACACACACUGUGCUUUUGUCUGAUUCAUCUCUUAUUAGAUAGAGAAGUGCACAUGCUCCAUGUCCUUACCUUUGGGUUUGCAAUUCCUGUGAAAACCCAAAGACAAGGGCUUGGCAGGAAUGCCUGGUUUCUUUAACCUAGCCUGAGUUUCCCUGAUUUGGAAAGUGCGCUUGGUUGCAGCAGAGAAUCUCUGUAAAUGUUUUGGGCUGUAACAGUAGGCUACAGCUGGGUGUAAUAAACCAGGCUGUCAUGUUUAACUUCCUGCUGGGUUUAGGGAGACGACCUGAAAAGCAAAGCAUUUCCUCACUGACCGCUCUCACUCCUCUCUGGUGCGCGGCUGCUGUAGUUGGUCAGCAUCAGUUUAUUGUGUAUGUGCUGCAGUCCAAGUACUCUUGUUCUAUGUACAGAUCAACAAAAUAAAUCAGACUUUUAUUCUACAAAUAAAUCAGCCGGUCUUUUUUUUUUUGUCAUUUCUUUCCUCAUGUGAGUGUAUUUUGUUUUCCUCUUGGUAUGUAAUCUAAAUUACUCGAUUUAAAAGGCAAGAACAGAACAUGCUAAUCAGACACAAGGUGAAAAUUAAAAAGGUUAUUAAGCGUUAAAAUUUAAAAGCCAUUGAAUU